AUGGCGGCGACCGCGCUCCGCGUGUGCGUGGCGCUGGCGACGCUGGCGGCGCUGGGCGUCGCGGCGCCCGACGGCCCCACCGCCGCCCCCGCCGGCGCCGACCUCCCGGACAGCCAGCCCUGCCCCGCCGCGUGCGCCUGCCGCUACUCGCGCAUCUUCUGGGAGACGGACUGCGCGCGGCGGGCGCUGGUCGCGGUGCCCGACGGCCUCAGCCCCGACGUGCACGCCCUCGACCUCUCCGGGAACAGGCUGGAGCGCCUGGGCCCGUUCCCGGAGGGCUGCCGCCUGCGGAGGCUCACCGCCCGCGAGAACCGCGUGCGCGCCGUCGCCGCCGCCGACCUCGGCGGCCUGGACCUGCUGGUGGAGGUGGACCUGUCGCAGAACCAGCUGGCGGAGAUCGACCCCACGACCUUCAGGAAUGCAUCCGGACUGUUCACGCUAAACCUUGCCAAUAAUCUACUGGAAGCACCGGCGGGUCCGCUGAUCGCCUCGGAAUCCCUGAAGAACCUGGACCUGCAUGGAAAUAGGUUGCGCGCGCUACCUGGCAGCACGUUUGCAAACUGCUCGUCGCUAGCUGCCCUCGACCUCAGCGACAAUCCGCUAGGCGCGCUGCCAGCGGCAGCACUAGCGCCUCUCACGGGACUCGAGACGCUAUCAGUGGCGCGAUGCGGCCUGGAGGCUUUGGACCCAGUCGCUCUCGCACCGUUAGCGCAGCUGAAGACGCUGGACGCGUCGGGCAACGCGCUGGGCGGCGCGGGGCGGUGGGCGGCGGCGCUGCGGCCGCUGGCGCGCCUGGACGCGCUGGUGCUGGCGCAUGCGCAGCUGGAGGGCCCGCUGCCGGCCGACGCCUUCGCCACGUGCGCCUCGCUGCGCCGCCUCGCGCUCUGCGGCAACCCCGGCCUGCGCGACCCCUGGCCCGCCGCCGCCGCGCUGCAGGGCCUCGCCGAGAUGGAGGUGUGCGGAUGUGGGCUGCGCGAGCUGCCCUCUGGCGAGCUGCGCGCCAACCUUUCGUCGCUGCGGUUGCUGGACGCGUCGGACAACGCGCUGGGGCCGGUGCUGCCGCCUGGCGGGCUGGCGCUGCCGGCGCUGGAGACGCUCCGCCUGGCGCGCUGCGGCCUCGCCGCCCCGCCCACGCACGCCGCCUUCCAGGUGCGCCAACUCCCCCACCCCACGCACCGCCACGGCUGUAUACCGUGAUUUAUUUAUAUCACUUGACGCCUAAUUAGCGGUUACGGUGUUAUCCAAUCAGGAGCAUGUUGAAUGUCACCAAAGUUAUGUGCUGGGCUCGGAUUCUGAUGACCUAAAAAUUCUUUGAAAAUAACCUACAAAAUGUAUUAAAAGUAAGGGGAAAAUGAUAUAUUUUUGAAAUACUCUAGAAUGUUUACGAAUAUGUUUAUUCAAUAAAUGAUACAAUGAUAAAUAAAGUUUAUUUACAUA